AUGCCUGAGGUCCGAAGAGCGGGGAGGGCCGUUGAGGAGGGCGUGCAUGCCGUGCGCGCGGACCCGGCGGCGAAUGCAUUGGCGCUGGUGUCGAGCGUGCAGAGCUUCACAGAUCUGCUGGGAAGCGUGAAUGUGGCUAAGAGCGUGGAUGUGGACGGCGUUGCUAUUCAGGGCGAGGGCGCGGGGCCGAGCUCGGCGUAUAGGGCCAGUGUGCUCAAGGCGCGAUCGCUCAUGCGCACGCUCGAAGCGUCCUUCCAAGCGCUCCACGAUGACACAUUAUUGCUACUCCUGCACACCCAGUCCCUCCUAUCAUUACCGCAACCCGACCCUUCGCAGCCCUUCUCCGCCCCCUCAACCCGCUCAGACGACCAGCUCCGCCAAGCAUCCCACCUCCAACAAACGCUCGCCGAGCUCUCCAACCUGAUCCGCUUACACACCAGCACGACAGUGGACGCGCUGGAGGGCCUGGUGCAGGUGGGCGCAGAGCAGCAGGAGAAGGAGGGGCGCGAGUGGCGCGGCAGCAUCGAGUGGCGCGCGAGCAGGCUGUUGCAGGCGACGAGCGCGGGGGAGCUGGGCUUUAAUCUGGGUUUGGUGCCGGCUGAUGUGGGCGGGCGGGAUACGUUCGAUAUGCUCGCGUACUCGAACGCGACGCCGUUGGCGGCGUCGUUCCCCGACCCCGCCUCCGCGACACUCUCCUCCCGUCAACCGUCGAACUCGAACUUGAAUGCGUAUAACGGAUUCAGCGACCGCAACAGGAACAACGCGUCGGAGCGGGAGUACGACUAUAACACGCACUCUUCCGCGGCGGGCGCACGGGGGCUCGGGCGGAACGCGUAUACGAACGGUCUGCGGGGCCUUGGGGGCGGGAGCGGGACGGACAGUAGUGAUGGGGACGGCGAGGUCGACGAUGAGGUCGUGGGCUUCGAUUUUGUGCCUAACCGGAAAACGCGCUCGAAUACUGCGACCUCGUCCUCUACGACGCAGCCUCCGACUUCGGCGGGGUAUGGGCGGUACGAGCCGAGCUCGAGCAGCAGGUAUCAGGGGAGCAGCGAGACGCCGACGAUUGUGGAGGAUGUGGGGCCGUACGCGGAGGGGAUGCGGAGUACGGCGAGGACUAGACAGAGGGCGAGGGAGGGGAGCGGUGGGGGGAGGGGGAGCAGGAGCGGGAGCGGGAGCGAGGGGAGUUUGGAGGAGAGGGAGAGUUUCUUUGGGGAUGAUGAUGGACUCGCGCCGCCGGCGUCGGCGGUGGGCGGGAAGUCGCCGUCGAGGUCGAAGGCGGCGGAUAAAUUGUUGAGGGUGCUGGGCGACGCGCCGGCGCAUAUUAUCGACAAGCUGAAUGCGGAGAGUAAGCCGUGGUAUUUGAGGGCGGAUUAUGAGGAGGGGAAGGACGUCGUUAUCGAUCCGGACGGCAAGGUCCGCGGCGGCACGGUGCCAGCCUUAGUGGAGCGCCUGACGGCGCACGAGCACACGGACACGAGCUUCACGAAGACGUUCUUGAUGACGUUCAAGAGCUUCACGGACGUGGACACGCUCUUCGGCUUGUUGAUUGAGCGGUUCUGGAUCAGGCCGCCGGAGGGGCUGGGGAAGGAGGAGGAGGCGGAGUGGCGGAAGUUGAAGCAGCAUAUUAUCCGCACCAGGGUGCUGAACACGUUCAAGACGAUGAUUCUAGACGACGACGUGCUGGAGGAGAAGGACAUGUAUAUCCUGGACCGCCUCGCGGAGUUCGUGGAGAACGAGGAGGUCAAGUCGAUGGCGGCGGGCAAGCAGCUGGGCAUACAAAUAACGCGGACUGUGCGUCUCCCCUCUCUCCCCCCUCCCUCUCUCCCUCUCUCCUACAGUCCUUGUUUUGAAAGAAACGGCGACAACGCGCGCGCAAAAACGACGAUCUCGUACGACCCGCAGCCGACGCCCAUCGUGCCGCGCUCGAACAAGAAGCCGAAGCUGCUGGAGUUCGACCCGACGGAGGUCGCGAGGCAGCUGACGAUUAUCGAGUGCGGUCUGUUCUUGAAGAUCAAGGCGAGCGAGUGCUUGACGCGGACGCGAGAGCAGAAGGGCACGAGCGAUAAUAUUAGCGCGGCGAUUGAGACGAGUAAUAAGAUCGCACACUGGGUCGCCGAUGCCGUGCUCGACAAGGAAGACGCGCGGAAACGCGCGUCGAUUGUUAAGCAAUUCAUUCAGGUCGCAGACCGUUGCCGCGAGCUGAAGAACUUCAGCUCGAUGAUCGCCAUCGUGUCCGGGCUCAACUCGCCGCCGGUGCGCAGGCUGAAGCGGACGUGGGACCAGAUCAGCCAGAAGUUCGCGGGCAUGCUGAGCGCGUGCGAGAUGACGAUCGAUAGCGGGAAGAACUUCAAUAACUAUCGACAGCUGUUGCAGCGGAUCACGCCGCCCUGCGUGCCGUUCAUCGGUGUGUACCUGACGACGCUCACGUUCAUCCAAGACGGCGCGCCGAACACGAUCUCCGGCAACCUCGUCAACUUCCGCAAGCGCGCCAAGGCGGCCGAGGUGAUACAGGAGAUCCAGAAGUGGCAGAGCAAGCCGUUCAACUUUGCAAGGGUGGAGCUCAUCGCGGAGUAUCUGCACGAGCAGCUGAACAAGUUCAACGACGUGCCGGACGUGAGCGAUGUGUUUUGGAAUAGGAGUUUGGAGAGGGAGCCGAGGGAGAGGGAGGACGAGAAGAUGGCGCGGUUGUUGCAGGAGACGGGCUUCUUGUGA